AGAAAGAAAAGAUCUGUAGUUUAAUACGAACAUUAAAUUAUUUCCCUUAAUUAAUUAAAAACAUGUCAAGUGAUGCAGUAUAGGAACAAAUAUUGACUAUUUUAAAUCACAAGUUCUUGAAAAAUCAAAGCAGCGAGAACAAAAUUGAUAGCUGAAGUGAAAUUGAUUAUCAAAUUUAUAUAGAGGAGGGAGUGAAGUGAAGUGAUGUAAAUCAUCAGCCGUAGAAGUGAGCGAAAGAAUUGUUUGUCUGCGGAUGAUAAAGUGUUUGUGACAAAGCUUAGAAAAGAGACGAGCUGUAAUCAUUACAUGGAAAGCAAAUCGAAUGCAUAACAAGCUUACGUUCACAUCAGUUAUACGAAAAGGAAAUUUCGACAGAUUAACUGCUGCCAGCUGUCGAUUUAAUAUUUUUCUUCUAUACAUAUGAAAGCCUUCCAAAACGUGCAAGUUUCUUCCAGUAUAUCUAGUAAUAAGUACUUUGGAGUCGUUGCAUUUACUCGACAAUUACUCUAUUGGUCCGUUUAAUAAACGAAAUUUAGAUAACCGCCCAUUAGAUGCCCUGCAGAAAAAAUGAACAAAUGAUAUGCUUAUCAAUGCAACUUACUAGCCUAAAAGAGCUGUAGCUGCACUUAAUCGGCUUGGAUUCUUUUUUUGGUUUUCUUUUUGUUUUUGUGGAUGUAUGUUAAUUUUUGAUUAUUUAAGUUGCUGAAAACAAUAAAAAUAAACACAAUUUUCGUGUUGCGAACGCACAGUUAUCAAAAAAAAACCAAGGAAGUUCCACGCUCUUUCUCUUCCUCCUAAGAUUACGCUCUCUUCUCUUAAUAAGUGCACGUUACAGUUUGCAAGACAUCAAGAAAAAAACUGUCUUCACUGUUACGCAGCAGAGAAAAAAUUUUAAUAUAUUAUCAUGGCGCGGGGUUUCGAUCAUUUAUUUAAGCUUUUAAUCAUCGGCGACAGUGGUGUUGGAAAGUCGUCAUUAUUAAUUCGUUUCUCGGACGACACAUUCUCGGGCAGUUACAUAACCACAAUUGGGGUGGAUUUUAAAAUACGCACUGUGGUAAUCGAUGGUAUGCGAGUUAAGUUACAGAUCUGGGACACGGCAGGUCAAGAACGUUUUCGUACAAUUACAAGCACUUAUUAUCGUGGUACACACGGUGUCAUCAUUGUUUAUGAUGUUACGAAUGGUGAAUCCUUUGCCAAUGUGAGACGAUGGUUGGACGAAAUACAGAACAAUUGUGAUGUAGUGAAUAAAGUGUUGGUGGGUAAUAAAAAUGACGAUCCCGAUCGGAAAGUUGUAAUUACCGAGGAUGCCCAACGUUUUGCUCGUCAAAUGGAUAUCGAGCUGUUCGAAACAUCUGCCAAAGAUAAUGUUAACGUUGAGGAAAUGUUCCUGUCGAUCACACGACAAGUCCUCCAGCACAAGUUGCGUAAUGCACAAAACGAGCAACAAAAAGAUACAAUAAACCUCAAACAUCAAAAAAAUAAACGAAAGAGCAAAUGCUGCAGUUGAAACAGCAAUGAACAGCAUUCCUUGCAUCACUAUAUCUAUUCGUUAUCAUAAUCAUCGUGCUCAUUGAUCACUUUCAGUUAGCAAUAAUAGACAACAAAUGCAAAUGCGUACUGUAUAAAAACUUAUUGUAUAAAA